CCCCGGGGCUGACUCCCAGCACCGCUUCCUGGCCGGGGCGCUUUCCGAAGGCGCCGCUUCGCCGUCUGCCAGCCGUUCCUCGAAGGGUGCCGCGCCUCCCUCCAUGUGGCUGCCCCGGAGAUGCCCCGCGGGUGCCGCCUCCGCCGCGCUGCGCUCCCUGGCCCUGCGCCGCGCCCGGCCCCCCGACGGCCUCCCCCGCAGAGACUACGGCGCCGGCUCCGCCCAGCGCCAGGGACUGCUCUUCCGACAGCUCUUUGAAGCCGAAAGCUUCACAUACACCUACUUGCUGGCAGACCCAAAGACCAAGGAGGCGGUUCUGAUUGACCCAGUUCUGGAGACGGCCCAGAGAGACACGACGCUCGUGAAGCAGCUGGGGCUUAACUUACUCUAUGCAGUCAACACCCAUUGCCACGCCGACCACAUCACAGGCACUGGCCUUCUGAAGCAGCUCUUGCCUGGAUGUCGGAGUGUUAUCUCCCGGGACAGCGGGGCCUCGGCAGAUAUCCUGAUCGGGGAAGGACACUCCCUGAAGUUUGGGGCAUUCGCCUUGGAAGCUCGCUCCACUCCGGGGCACACGGACGGCUGCCUGACUUACGUGCUGAACGACCAGAGCAUGGCCUUCACGGGGGACGCCUUGCUGAUUCGGGGCUGCGGGCGGACGGAUUUCCAGCAGGGUUCCCCAGAAGCUUUGUACCACUCUGUCCGUGAGAAGAUCUUUACACUCCCUGGCGACUGCCUGAUCUACCCCGCCCAUGAUUAUACUGGCCAAACAGUUUCCACAGUGGAGGAAGAGAGAACCCUGAAUCCUCGUCUGACUCUCCCCCUGGAGGCUUUUGUGGAACUGAUGAACAACUUAAACCUGCCGAAGCCCAAACAGAUCGAUUUUGCAGUACCGGCAAACCUCAAGUGCGGAGUCCAAGAUGUAGCAGUUUAGCAGCUGCCUGCCCAAUCGGAUGGGCUUCUGCCGCAAAUGGCUCCUAAAAGGGGCUCCUAAAAGGGGCCCCUGUAGCAGUGGGACGGGAUGCCAUGAAGGAAACCACCCCCCACCCCCACUUCCUUAGCACUGAUGCCUAGAAAAUGGUAAAAGAAGAAAAUGCGCUUCUCAGGGAGGCGAAAUAGUCCCUCCUGUUCUUUACUUCCUGCACUGGAAAUCGAUAUGAAGGAGACUUUUGAUUGAUCUACUUGCUCCCCCUCCUGGUACUUGCUGGUACUUCGUUUUUUGCAGCCCUUGGAAAUUUCCAGCCCAGCUUCAAUUCACUUUCGAUUCACUUCAGUUCACUUUCAAGUUUGCACUGCGUUGCUUUCACCCCAGAGAUAUGUUGGCCCCGCUUCCCUGUGCCGGAUCGGAUCAGAAGGCAAAAGAGUUUUGUACUGUGAAUUUUUGAAACCAGGGGUGGCGGGGAGAGACGCUGUCUGUGAAAGGUUUUUUACUACAGUCAAAUAAAAUGCAUUUGUUGUUA